AUUGCGGAAUUUUGUCACCCAAUACUUUCUUCCCUUUAACUCCUCAUAUGGAUGUUCUCUGUUUAAAAGCUUUCUGGUGCCUGGAGGAAUUUGAUUAAACCGUAAAGUGGUUUCCUCAGGAGAUCGAUGCUGAGGUGUAAUGUAGUAGAGUUAUUCUAAUGCAGCCAAGGCCCGAACACACGAAUGUGUAUUUGCACAUCAACUAUGGGCAAUUAAAAAAAAAUAGGCUUGCAAUAAAUAGUAGUAUUAUGUCAACAUUACCCUUUACUAUCUUAGUUUGUAUAAUUUUGUAAUGAAGAAGCGGGUAGAAUGGGUGUUGAGGCUUGAAGCUUAUUGCGAUAUGAGCCAAUAUAAUGGAAUAUUGCAGUAUGCAUUUCAAAAUACGGUAUUUUGCAAUGCUUGUUCAACUGUUUUUCAUCUAUACAAAUGACUUAAAAACAUAAAUGUUUAAUUCUGUUCAUUACAUGCUACCGCAAACAAUUUUCAUCAAUUGUAGCUACCUAGCUAUAGCAAUAUAGCCAAAAGUAUUGGCACCCCUGCAAUUCUGUCAGAUAAUGUUCCAUUUCUCCCAGAAAAUGAUUGCAAUUACAAAUGAUUUUGUGGUAAUAUCUUAUUUAUUCCACUUGCAAUUAAAAAAAAAAAAAAAACACAAAAAUGGCCAGGGGAAAAAUUAUUAUCAUUUUACGCAAAACUUGCAACAAAACAAAAAUGGGCCGGUCAAAAAUAUUGGCAUCCUCUGAAAAAUCAUGUGAUGCUUCUCUAAUUUGUGUAAUUAACAGCACCUGUUACUUAACUGUGGCAAUAACUAAAUCACGCUUGCAGCCAGUUGAAAUGGAUUAAAGUUGACUCAACCUCUGUCCAGUGUCCUUGUGUGUACCACAUUGAACUGAAAAGAAAAAUUGACGAGAUAUUUUAACGAAAGAUUGUGCGGGUGGUGGAUAAAGAACCUCGACUAACAUCCAAACAAGUUCAAGCCGUCCUGCAGUCCAAGGUGUUCUGGAUGGACCUUAUUGAAGCACAAUUGAGUGGAAUAGAAGCUAAAAAUUGACAAUGUCCCCUCCAACAGAGUGUGAUGUGGAUGGGCUCCCUAGCGGUUACGGAUCGAGGGAAUCCAUCCUCAGGCCUGGUGAAAAGAAAGACUGGAAAAGGCGAAGGCGUGGUCGUAACAACAGCUGCCACGCCUGGGAUUCGGCACACGACGACACUGACCCCGGGAGAACUAAAGCGUCACCUACUUUUGAAGUGACCGGAAGUGCAGCCAUGCGCUGCUCCACCCUGCUCGCCAUCCUCACAGGAGUGCUGCUGUACUUGGUACUGGGUGCCGUCGUGUUCCGGGCUUUGGAAGCGCCAUUAGAAGAAGGCAAGCACAGGCAGUUGCAAGGGACGUGUCAAGAAUUCCUUAUCAACUUCACCUGUGUCGGCCCAGAAAACUUGCAGGCUCUUAUUGAGGAAGUGGCAGAGGCCAUCGGUGCAGGUGUGGAUCCCAGCAGUAACACCACCUAUGUCAGCCAGUGGAAUCUGGCCAGUGCCUUUUUUUUUUCUGGAACAGUCAUUACCACUAUUGGUUUUGGAAACAUCUCCCCAAAGACAGAAGGCGGCCAACUGUUUUGUAUUUUCUACGCCUUGAUUGGGAUUCCAUUCUUUGGUAUUUUACUCGCUGGAGUUGGAGACCAUCUGGGUACUGGGUUGAGGAAAACAGUUGCCAAAAUAGAGAAACUCUUCCUGAAAUGGCGUAUUAGCCAAACCAUUGUGCGAGUGAUUUCUGCCAUUUUAUCUAUCUUGCUGGGGUGCCUUCUCUUUGUUGCGGUGCCAAUCCUGGUUUUCCAAAGAGUGGAAGGCUGGACCAUGCUGGAGUCAGCAUACUUUGUCGUCAUCACCCUGACAACAGUAGGCUUUGGAGACUAUGUGGCAGGCGAUUCAGGGCUUGAAGGCAGCGACCACUGGUACAAGCCUUUGGUGUGGUUCUGGAUCUUGCUGGGUCUUGCCUACUUUGCAUCCGUCCUGUCAAUGAUUGGAAACUGGCUUCGAGUACUCUCUAAGAAGACCAGAGCUGAGAUGGAGGAACUGCGAGCCCAUGCCAAUGACUGGACACAAAACAUCCAGAAUAUGGAUUUUCGGAUCUCGGGCAAGAUUGAUGACCCCUUCAGACGGCGUCGGCGAAGGCGGCGCCAUCGUGCUCGCGGCCACGACGGUGCAGCUCCUGGAGGUCCUGAGGGAGAAGCUCAAAAUGAGAGCCAAAGUGAUUCCGAAUCAUACUCCUCUUAUACAUCCGCCAGUGAGAGCGAGUCUGGAUCCGGAUCUGAAACCACUCAUUCUGAGCGGGUACCUGAAGAAAAGAAAGACCCCCACUUUUCUCAGCCUCUUGACUAUUUUGGGGAGAACCUGGCAUUCAUUGACGAGUCAUCUGACGCACAGAGUAGUAAUUUACAUUUAGAAAACCAACUGGAUUCCAAAUCACCAAAUCCUAAACGCACCCAAUCACACAAAAGAAGGCGCCACAGGAGGCCCAUCUCACAGGGAAGCACCAAAAACGAUCGAAAAGAACCAUCCGAUAUUAUCACAAAAGAACCCAAUGGAACACUGCAGCCAGUUACAAAUAUACCACUGAAGCCUAAUGUAUAAAACACAGAAUAGGAACUACGUUUCUAGCACAAAAAAUACUUAAACUGUGGGACUAAUGAAGAGAUGUUAAAACAAAAUGUGUGACCACAAAAAAAGGUAUUUUAUGUAUUUACAUGCACAGAAAAGUAAAACAUUGCACAAGCUUUGGCUGCACGUACUUUGCAGAUAAUGCUCAAAUGGUGAAAAAUUAAAAAAGAUCAAAAGUAAAUCUGUAAAAACGUAGUUUGAAUUUGAAAUUCAAACAGAUUUACUUCUCUCUUUAUUUUAGCAUGUAUGCCUUGUUAAAAUUGUGAUUUGACUUCAUGCAUUGCUUGAAAUUGCCGCUUAGGCAUUUGCUGCUCUCUGCUGGACUAAAAGAGGAAUAGCAUUUCCAAUAUUAUCAUUAUUUCUUAUUUAUCAUCCCCAAUAAUCUAAAAUAAAUACAUACAAAUCAUCAAGAAGGGAAUCAAAAAUGCCAUAGUGCUACUAUUUUGGUGGUGUUGACAUUACACAGCGACAAAUCUUUGAGUGCUACAUUUUUUUCCGGGUAAUUCCACAAAACUUUAAAGCCACAAAAGACACUAUUUGUAUUUUUGACUGCCUU